CCGAAACGGAUGCCGAAUCUGGGUCUGAGGUCCAUCCGGGCCCCAUUUUUUUGUUGGCCCAUCCUCCAAAUCACAAGGCCGAGCGAAAUUUCCCGCUCGCUUUCCUCUCUCUACCUGUCUGGGAAAUUCUGAAAAUAUGUCGAAGAAGCGAGGUCUAUCAUUGGAAGAGAAGCGUGAGCAUAUCCUUCAGAUCUUCUAUGAGUCGCAUGAUUUUUUCCUGCUCAGAGAACUUGAGAAACUAGGUCCUAAGAAAGGCGUUGUUAGCCAGACUGUGAAAGAUGUGGUCCAGAGUUUAGUGGACGAUGACCUUGUGCUGAAAGACAAGAUUGGAAGUUCUGUUUACUUCUGGAGCCUACCUAGUUGUGCAGGAAACCAGCUACGGAAUACACAUUAUAAGCUGGAAGCUGAUAUCAAAGCUAGUAAGAAGCGUCUUGCUGAGCUCGUUGAAUUGAGAGAGAACCUAAAGAAAGGCAGGGAGGACUCAGAUGAAAGGAACAGUGCUCUUGAGGAGAUGAAGAUUGUAGAACGGAAAUACAAUGCACUUAAGGAUGAAAUGGAGCUCUAUGCUGACAAUGACCCAGCCACCCUUGAUGCAAUGAAAAGUGCUACUGAAAUUGCAGUUUCUGCAACAAAUAGAUGGACAGACAACAUUUUUACAGUGCAACACUGGUGCUCGCAAAAUUUUCCUCAAGCAAGGGAACAACUUGGACAUUUAUAUGGAGAGGUUGGAAUUACAGAAGAUCUAGACUACAUAGAGCCAUCAAAAGUCUGAAAUACAGGUUGUCUAUGCUGUAGAUAUUUAGUCUGGCCUAUUCGAGGUAAAAGUAUACUUUAGAAGUGUAAUUGAUGCCUUGUAGAAAUUUUUCACUUGGAAAUUACACAUUUAUCUGAAAAUGUUCAACGUGAAGAAAUUUCGAUCUCUGAGUC